GUUUGAGGAGCCGGCGGUCGCGCCGCGGCAGGCGGACUUUCCUUCCUGCGCCUCUCUGGCGCUGGGGGGCGGGCCGUCGGGUCGCCGUCCGUGCCCCCGCCUCUCUGGCCCCGGCAGACUCACGUGACCGUGCGGACUCUGGAGCGGCGGGCCGCACUGAGGAGGCGGCGGCGGCUGGGACUGCAGCCGGGCGGUAGCGGCCUGGCGAGGAGCGGACCGGCUGCCCUCUCGGACAGCCGCAGCAGAAGACAAACAUGGCGGAGGCUUCGGCGGCCGGGGCCGACGCGGGCGCUGCUGUAGCCGCGCACCGGUUUUUCUGUCACUUUUGCAAGGGUGAGGUCAACCCCAAACUACCGGAAUAUAUUUGUCCCAGAUGUGAAUCGGGCUUUAUUGAAGAAGUGACAGAUGAUUCCAGUUUUUUAGGUGGUGGCGGCAGCCGGAUAGAUAAUAGCACAACACAUUUUGCAGAGCUCUGGGACCAUUUGGAUCACACAAUGUUUUUUCAAGAUUUUAGACCAUUUCUAAGUAGCAAUUCACUGGACCAAGAUAAUAGAGCCAACGAGAGGGGUCACCAAACCCACACUGACUUCUGGGGACCAAGUCGGCCUCCACGGCUACCAGUUACUCGCAGAUACAGAUCUAGAGGAAGUACUCGUCCUGAUAGAUCUCCAGCUAUUGAAGGCAUAAUACAACAGAUCUUUGCAGGAUUCUUUGCAAAUUCUGCAAUUCCUGGAUCCCCACACCCUUUUUCCUGGAGCGGGAUGCUGCACUCCAACCCUGGGGACUAUGCCUGGGGUCAAACAGGGCUUGAUGCCAUUGUAACCCAGCUUUUAGGACAACUGGAAAACACAGGGCCUCCUCCAGCUGACAAGGAAAAGAUCACAUCACUUCCCACAGUGACAGUAACUCAGGAACAAGUCGAUAUGGGUUUAGAGUGUCCAGUAUGCAAAGAAGAUUACACAGUUGAAGAAGAAGUCCGGCAGUUACCCUGCAAUCACUACUUUCAUAGCAGUUGCAUUGUACCAUGGUUAGAACUGCAUGACACAUGUCCUGUAUGUAGGAAGAGCUUAAAUGGUGAGGACUCUACUCGGCAAACCCAGAGCUCUGAGGCCUCUGCAAGCAACAGAUUUAGCAAUGAUAGCCAGCUACAUGACCGAUGGACUUUCUGAAGCUAAAGACCAUGCCUGAACCAGGGCUAUGGUAGUGUUCUUACCAUAGCUGUAAAUUGUAUCAAAACAAAAACACAGUAGAUGGAUUUAGGAAUCUCAUAAGAAACCCCAACCCAUGAUAUUAAUGCAAUGAGUGUUUUUCUUCUCUAAAUUUAAAGUUAGUAUUUACAGAUGGAAUUGUAUCUGCAACCAAAUGCCUCUUAUUCCUGAAUUCAGAGUGAUAAUUUUGUAAGUGUGAAACUUAAUUAUGUGGGCUUCCCACCACCAGAAUAGAAUCAGUUCUUUAAAGUCUAGCUAGCGGCCUGCUAUCUGUCAUAUUGCCGUAAUGGGUGUUUCCACCUCCUUCUCCAACCUCUACCCCACCAUUAGUGUAUUUUACAGUAAUUAUAGUGGAACCAGAGCCCUAAAAGUCCUGCUGAUAUAAAGUCCUUUUGUCUUAAUUGUA